AAGUUGAUUUAUGCAGAUAAGCAAGAAGUUCAAGGAGAUGGUCCAUUUCUGGAUGGAAUUAAUGUCACAAUAAGAAGAAAUUAUAUUUAUGAAGAUGCUUAUGACAAGCUUUCUCCAGAAAAUGAGCCUGACUUGAAAAAGCGCAUCCGCAUGCACCUGCUCAAUGCCCAUGGGCUGGACGAAGCUGGUAUCGACGGUGGCGGCAUUUUCAGAGAGUUUUUAAAUGAACUACUGAAAUCAGGAUUUAACCCCAACCAGGGCUUCUUUAAGACUACUAAUGAAAGGCUUCUGUACCCCAACCCAGCUGCUCAGAUGCUCGUGGGAGACUCUUUUGCCAGACAUUACUACUUCCUGGGCAGAAUGCUUGGAAAGGCUCUCUACGAGAACACGCUGGUGGAGCUACCCUUCGCAGGCUUCUUCCUCUCCAAGCUGCUAGGGACCAGCGCCGACGUGGACAUUCAUCACUUGGCCUCCUUAGACCCUGAAGUCUAUAAGAACUUGCUGUUUCUCAAGAGCUACGAAGAUGAUGUGGAGGAACUUGGGCUGAACUUCACUGUGGUGAACAAUGACCUGGGAGAGGCACAGAACCUGUGGACAUAA